CCGCGGUAAGAAGGCAAGGUAAUACAAGCAAGAGCCCGACGGAGGUAGAGUAAGAGAGGAGUGGGAGGCAGAGCGCAGAGUGGGAGUCCGGUGCUCGCGCGCACGCGAGAGAGCGAGGAGGAAGGAAGAGAGGAGCAGCGCAGGAGAGGGGGCAGCCCCGUCAGCGGGCAGUGAGGCCCCGGCCAGGCAGUAAGGGCCCGCAGGCCAUCCAGUUCGCUUCUUCCUCGCCUACUUUUAGAAAUUAGUCGCACUUCAUCCGGCGAGGCGAGCCUGCACACCAAGAGACGACGAGGAGAGCCGUUCGUUGCUGCUGGCCAGUGAGUCCGUGACAGUUAGCCAGUCGAUACGCGAGCACGAGGCCGAGCGGGAGACCCUCUCUCUCGUUUUCGAAUACACACGUCCCCGACGUCCAGGAUACCUCCAGAACGCGGCCGUUCUCCAGCUUUUAGAAAUUUUUUUUCCUGGACCGAAUCCUGGAUGUUGGACGAGAAGAGGAGCAGUGAAGCGAAGCAGCCCAGUUGGAGAACGGAAGUGACAAGAGCGGAUAGGCAGGAGAUCGUUCGAAUUUCGCGCCAUUGCCGCGAGAGCGCUUAACGCUAGAUAUCACAGUGCAAGUGGCCGAUGAAGCUCGUCAAGUGCUGGCGGCGCAAGUCCACGGAUCACAGACCUGGAUCGUGACACAAGAUAUCAAAAUUUUUUGUUGGUUGUUUAUCAGUGAAUCCGGCGAAUCAGUGUAUUAUUCUAUAAUAACGGCGCAGUGCGACGUUAUUACCCCAGUGGUCUCGCGAGAAAGCGUGCCAAAUUUGAAUUCCGGGACUCGUUGCUCGAUUUUCUUUCGAUUCCCGACACUGCUGACUCGAUUGUGGACCUGACGGACGAACUCGACCGAUCGCGUUGAGACGCAUCAUAUGCAUUCGAACGCUAGCCCCGCGGUUACCCUUGUUGUUGUUGGGAUAUUCUGAGGUGCGAAGAAGUUCAAGAAGAAGAAGAAGAAGAAGAAGAGAUCAUCAACGCAUCGAUCGAUGCUCGAAGCUUGAAGCUACGACGAGACGACGCAGUGUCCAGCUGCUCGCUGGUGGAGAAUUUCGUCCCGAGGACAUCAACAACACCACUCUGGAUACCACGCUGCUCAUAUGUCCUCGCGGCGCCGUUGGCGGUUGCAGCACCCCCGGCAGUAGAGUGGAUCCUUGGUGGAAUCCCAGUUCCUUCUGCCCCUCGGUCUCGAGCCCGGGACCUCCAAGGAUCGACGAGGGGCCGCCGCUCGACAACGACGACUACCAGUUCUGCUCCCUCCAGGCCGGCAACAACAAUAACAACAACAAUCACAGCAACAAUAAUCGUCUCAGCUCGAUAGCGAACCACUAUCACCAGCAACAUCAGCCGCAUCAUCAGUGCCACAACUCCGACAACGGCUGCUACAACAACGGCAACAACAACAACAACAACAAUACGUCCUCGGCCGCGAGCCUCGGCUACGUUGACUCGACGCGCUCCAAUGUCGUUGUCGGCUCGGACAACUCGGAUCCCUACGGCCUGAUAACGAGCAGCCUCCAGCAGCAGCAGCAGUCGGAGAACGCCGGCAACGCGUCCAGGGUCGAGUCGUCCCAACAGCAGCGCCAGCUGCCGCAACUUCUCUCGUCGAGCUCUCCGGCGAGCUCCUCUACCUCGGCCACGAUCCCAGCCUCGCCGGACUCGCUCAACGGCAUUCUAUCCUCCUACGGCAGCGGCAACGGCGGUAGAAUUAAGCAGGAGGACGCCGAAGACAGAGCCACGUCCUCGACGAACUUCAGCCCGUCGCUGCUCUCCUCGCUGCUCUCGACCUCGCGCAUCAGCGCGCCGUCCGGCAAGAGCUACGGGCGCAGGGAUAACGGCUCCAGUGACGCCUGCGCGAGCAACGGCUCGGCGGACGCCAACAGCCAGGAGAACGGUGACGCCGGCAACGUGCUGCUCGGACCGGUGAAGCUCGAGUAUCCCGACGCCUCGUCGGAUCCUCGAGACGAGCACGUCAAGGUCGAGUACUCGCUCACGGGCUCGCCCACCGAGCUGCUCCUCAAGCAGCGAGCAACGCCCACCGACAUCACGGCUAUCGAUAUGAAGUUUGAGACCCAGACUGGACCGCCGACGACACCCUCGCAUUUGACCUCUUCCGGCGUCGAGCCGCCACACAGCAGUCAGGGUAACCAGGGUAUCGUCGUGGGAGGCUCGCCCGGCGAGGUUGUAGGAGUCGACAAUAUGUUGCUGUCACCGUGGGGAGCCACGGGAACCGAGUUCCUCGAAGCGCACGACGCCAAGCAGACGGCGGCUGGUCUGGAUGACGCCUGGGACACCCUGCUCCUCGGCUCCUCCGUCGGUAUCACCGCCAACCAGUCGCUAGCCGAGCUCAAGCCGUUGCCACCGUUUACUAACUACACGGGACACCUCAGCAUCAACGGGAUCCCAGGACACCACUACCACACGAUAGCCUCGUCGGCCCAGCGACCCGGAAUGCAGUCGACCUCGCCCUCGCCAUCCUCCAACCAGGAGUACUACGAGUCCUCGGUGGUGUCCUCCAGCACGCCCUGCCCGCAGGCCAGUCAGAAGCAGCAGCAGCAGCAGCAACACCAACACCAACACCAUCACCACCAUCACCAGCAGCAACAGCAGCAACAGCAGCAGCAGCAGCAGCAGCAGCAGCAGUUGCCGCAGUCCACCCAGCAGACGGUCGACUACAACAUCGAGGAUCUGGCGGAGAUCAUCGGAUCGGCCAUGGCGGACACCACGGUGCCCGGCAGUGGCAACGGUGGACCCGGCAACAACGCCGGCAACAACGGCCCCUCCUCGGAUCACGACCCCGAGGUCUCCCCGCGAGAUUGGAUCGACAUUGCCGACUGGAUCGACACUGCCUGCUCGCCCAAAACCCAGGAGACCAGCUCGUCUAGCCCGUACUCGCAGAUGUACGCCACCGCGGCGACGUCGACGCCGUCCAACCCGGGCCAGCAGCAGCACGGCUCGACCCUGCAGAGCCUCCUGACCCACGGCUACUCGCCGAUGCUCCAGCAGAGGCUGCAGGCCUCCUGCGGCGAGACUCCCUCCUCCACCAGCCCGUACCCGCCGGUCAGUCCGCCCGGACGCGUGUCCACCUCCUGCAGUCCUGACCACCACCUCCACUCGUCGUCCUUCGUGACGCCGCAGCACACGCGGAAACGGUCGCGACCCUCCGGCGGCUCGCACAACCCGUCGAAGAAGAGCCCGGGCACCACGACAGCGACGCUCCCGUAUGGCACUGAGUCCGGCCUGAUCGGCGGCAAGGAGAAGCCUGUGCACAGGUGUUCCAUCUGCAACCGAGGCUUCCUCAACAAGAGCAACAUCAAGGUCCAUCUGAGGACGCACACGGGCGAGAAGCCGUUCAGGUGCGAGGUCUGCGGCAAGGCCUUCCGCCAGAAGGCUCACCUGAUCAAGCACCAGCAGAUCCACAAGCGAAUCGGCAGGGACUAGACGAACGCGCGGCAGCCGCGCUAAAGCGCCAACCGUAAUCCUUUGAUCCGUGCGGACUCGCCGAGGCCAGCGACGAUCCCGUGCGGUGUCCCUCCGAGUAUGGUUCUCUGACAGAGGGAGGGGGGGGAGUGACGCGCGACUCGUGCGAGAAAGCGGCAUUACUGCAGCGCCCCAGACCGAUGCGAGUGAGACUGCACGGCCUCGUGCCGGGGUAUGAAAACCCCGGACGCCGGCUCUGACGAUGAUGAUGAUUCUGACGCGAGACGACGGAACGAGGACAGCAGCUAUACCGGCCAAUCGCGUCCGGGUCUCGUGAAGACUCGCGCCACGCUGGCGCCACCUAGCGUCCACGUUUUUUACUUAUUACAUAUGUGAUCACUUGGAGGAAUAGCAGCAGCAGCAACAAGGAAGAUGAUGAUGAUAAUGAUGAUGAUGAUACCUUCGAUCUCGUUUCGCGCACCCAGUGGCGUAGCGUCGGGCCGCUUCGAAAGCGGCUGAACCUCGCGCAGUUGCGUGCAGAGCGGAGCAACCCUAAAUAACGAUGAACACUGCAAACGCGAUCACGACCACAGCGAUAUUUUGAAAGAAUUAAAAACUAAUAACCAGGACACGUUGUUUCUCGAGAUGUGUAUGACGUUUGUACAUGAUUGACCUGCGUUAAGCUAAUUGUGUAAUAUUUAUGUUUUAAGCAACUUUUAAUUCGCAAAGUAUAGAGGCGCUCUAUUGCCUUGACGUACCUUUUACACACGCAGAAUCCUUGUUGUCACGACGGACCGCCUAUGGUGCGCGGUUUUAUUUUCUUAAUCACUACGUUGCUAUUAUUUUGUACCUUUUAUCCCCCUAUCGCUAUUGUACUACUUUUUCUCCUCUACUUCUAUACUCUAUUAUCUUUAUAAGCUCUGUCUCUUAAUUUUAUUGUUAUUUAUUCGUCACGUAAAAUUGCGCUGUAAUAUAGUCUACUUUAUCGCGAUCGUCUUACUUAAGCUGUAUUCUGUCUAUCUAUCUAUUUACUGUCUUACCCUUACGCCUCUCUUUAAUUAGUUAGAUCUAAGCCGUUGUUGUACAUUUCGUCGCAUUAUGCGGAAUCAUGAGAAAAACGAAGCGCAUGCGUGUCUUUCGCAACUGAAAAGCUAUAUGUUAUAUCUGUCCUUAUCUACCGAUAGUUUUUUCUCAUUAUUCUAUAAUUUUGUCGGAUCGCGGAUUUGAGCAAAAAAAAUACACACUCGCCGCCUCUGACUAUUGCGUGUAAUAUAGGUAGAUUUGUACGCACACUAAACGACCAUGGGCUUUUGAGUCGGUCUUUUAUUUUAUAAAGAAGAAAACAAAUUUUUUUACCUUUGCAGCUUAUCCGGCCACUUGUCGCUGGCAAGUAGGUCGUAAAUUGUAGGCCAACACAUUCGGGUUUCGAUCCAUCGAGAGUACCUUUACACGAUCGACGCAUUGGGUACACGAUUGUUUUUUUGGAGAUAGAAACGAAAUUGUUAUAACGUUGUACGCGCAAAAUGAAAAUCGAGAAGUCUUGAAUGUUAAUCUAUAUGCGGCGGAAAAGGAGAUACUUUCGCACGUUUAUUGUCCGUCACUCUCGUCCGGUGUGCGUUGAAUUUAUUACUUUGUAUAAAGCCAGAAAAGAAAUAAUUAUUUAUAAAUAUUGAUGUUUGAUUAAAAAUUUGAUUGUUACCGCA